AUGACGUCGGUGGUGAUUUGGAAGAUGUUGUAGCCGAAACUUGAUAAAACAUUACGUUGUUUUUAAGUCAGUGUUUACUUAUGUUUACAAAUGCGUAGCACGUACUACAAACCACAAAAUGACACAAACUACACAUAUAGCAAACUAAAAGGUCACGCUAAAGCAGCCAUGCCUCAGAAACCUCAGAAGAACACCCAGACGGCACACUACAUCGAGCUGGGAGGUUAUCAGUACUGGCCUGUGCUGGUGCCCCGAGGGAUCAGACUGUACACCUACGAACAGAUCCCAGUGUUUCUGAGGGAGAACCCCUACAUCACAGAUGGAUACAGAGCCUACCUGCCCUCCAGACUGUGCAUCAAAAGCCUCUUCAUUCUGUCCAAUGAGACGGUGAAUAUCUGGAGCCAUCUGUUGGGCUUCCUGCUCUUCUUCUGUCUCGGGGUGUACAACAUGGCCUCUGUGCUGCCGGCCUUCGGUGCCUCCAGAGAGGAUUACGUCAUCUACUCCAUUGGGCUUUUCUGCUUCCAGCUGUGUAUGCUGUGUUCGGUGGGUUACCACCUGUUCUGCUGCCACCGCUCAGAGAAGACCGGCCGCCGCUGGAUGGCGCUGGAUUAUGCCGGUAUCUCCAUCGGCAUCCUGGGAUGUUAUGUCCCCGGAGUCUUCUACACAUUCUACUGCAAUAAUUACUGGCGGCAGGUGUACCUGGUGACGGUCCUGGCCAUGAUCCUGGCCGUCUUCUUCGCUCAGAUCCACCCUCAUUACCUCAGCAAGCAGUGGAAGCAGCUGCGCUCGCUCAUCUUCUGCUCGGUGGCCGGGUACGGCCUCAUCCCCACCGUCCACUGGAUCUGCAUCACGGGGGGUUUCUCCUCUGAGCUCGUCCAGGCUUUUGUUCCUCGUGUCCUCGGCAUGUACUUCAUCGCAGCAUUAGCUCUCAUUUUCUACGUUUCCAAAGUUCCUGAACGCUACUUCCCAGGUCAGCUGAACUACCUGGGCUCCAGUCACCAGGUGUGGCACUUGCUUCUAGUGCUGAUGUUUUAUUGGUGGCACCAGACAUCAGGCUUCAUCAUGGCGUACAGACACAGCCAGCCCUGCCCCGACGCCCCCCAACACGCCUAGGACACUGCUGAGCACUCUGGGAGUCCUGCCGCUUUGAGACGGUUGGUGAACAGCUGCAGUGAAUCCCAGCAUCGUUGGACAGAAGGCAGGGGCACACCAGGCUCUCAGUCCAUCGCAGUGUUACCACUUACCUGUGAGUCUCCGUGACGACGGAGGAAACCAACAGAGGGCCGGCGAGCCUCCAGGAUGUGGAGUGUAUGUAUGUCUUUAAGAUAAAACGGGACCUCUGAGUGGUGGAAGGUCACAGUGGUUAAAACUUUUUUUUUUUUUUUUUUUUUACCAGCUUUUCAGUUUUGUUUGAGGCCAUUGCACUGCAUUCACAUUUACAGAAGUUUAAAAUAACUGUCUGUUCCUCUCUAUAAAUCACAGACGAAAGCAGGUUCAGUCCAGUAGCAUUUCUUUUUUUCUUUCCUUUUUUUUUUUAGAAGAGAUCCUGCAAAUUUUUGUAAGUGCCUGUAAAUAAAACAUCAUGUAGCUCUUGGAAAAUUAAAUUAACUCGACUUA